ACAUUGCGAAUGACAACAGAACAAGGAUAGGUUAAAAUCAAUAUUUUCUUGUGCUAUAUGAUAAUGGUUUUCUUUCGUUGAAACUUAAACGACACCAUGGCUGCGACUUUAAAACUCCAGCGUGGAGUUUGUUUCAUGUGCAAAAGUUUACAGAGUAAAGUUCAUGUAAUAAAAACCACUUCAGCAAGAGGAACACACAAAUACACACAUGUGUCUAUUUCAAAAUCUUAUAAUAAAUACAGCUCUGUUUAUAGAGAUUUACAUGGAACUGUUGAUGAUCAAACUAUAGCAAAAGACUUUGUAUAUGCAUUAAAGCCAAUGGAAAGAAAUCUGCUACUUUCAGAAUUACAGAAUUUUGAUAAGUUAAGGAAAACACAGGAUCCAUCAGGUAUAACACCCCCGACAACUGAUCAGCUCAAAAGAGUUUUCAUUCAUAAUGCUUUGCCUUUUAUUGGAUUUGGUUUCCUAGACAACUUCUUGAUGAUUACAGCGGGUGAAUACAUAGAUGUUACUUUUGGUGCUCUUCUUGGCAUAUCAACAAUGGCAGCUGCUGCAUUAGGCAAUUUGCUGUCAGAUGUUUGUGGUGUUGGGUCAGCCCAUUAUAUAGAGGUUCUCUGUAGUAGAUUUGGUGUGAGAGGUCCAUCAUUGACACCAGACCAAGUAGAUAUGAAACAGACACGAUGGUCUUCAAACACGGGUAAAGCUGUUGGUGUAUCUAUCGGCUGUUUCUUAGGAAUGUUUCCUUUGUUAUUUUAUGGUCGCACCAAAGAUAAGGAAGAAACCAGCUAGCAGUGUUAACCUAAUCAACUAAUUAUAGUGAAAAACCUUUUAAACUGCCUUAACUACUCAUAUGGUGGUUAGAUUAUACUGAGCUGCAACUGCCUUAACUACUCAUAUGUUGGUUAGAUUAUACUGAGCUGUAGGUGACAUUAUAUUUACACAGCCAAUGAUAUUAAGUCAUUUUUUCAUCGCAUUAUCAUGUUAAUUUUUUCAUCUGCUCUGGUACAUAUUUUGCAGUUAGUUAAAAUAUUGUCAGCAUGAAGGAUUUUUUUAAGAGAAACCUUUUACAGAAUAUAAUGAGUUUUUUCUUAAUUUGAAAUAGUCUGACACAUGUAUUUUCAUCUUGACUAAUGUAAAUUGUUUUAGGUGCUGCAAAAAGUUUUGAUAUAGUGUUAUUUUUUAUAAUCCAUCAAAAUGUUACUAUGACAAAUGCUUUCAUUGAAAGAUAAGUUGGAGUUUACAAUUAGACAAUUUUCAGUCAUAGACUUAAAGGACAUGGUGGAGGGUUGGGCGUUCACAAACAUGUUUACCCCCCCCCCCCCCCCCCACAUUCUGUAAUCUGCCUGUCCCAUGUCAAGAGACUGUAAUUCAGUGGUUGUUGUUUGUUGCUCAAUACCAUAUCUAAUUGUGUUCAUUGUUUUUAUGCCCCUGCCGAAGCAGAGGGGGCAUUAAGUGUUACCCUUGUCUGUCUGUAUGUCCGUACGUUUGUCCCGAAAUUGGUUUCUAUUCUCUUAACUUUAGAUCUCCUCAAACAAAUGUUAUGAAUCUUAUACACAAUGCUUAUUACCACAAAACACAGAUCAAGUUUGAAUUAAGGUGGUGUCACUUUUACCGUGAUAGAGUUAUGCCCCUUUAUAAAUGAAAGAAUUGUUGAAUUUUUCGUUUCCAUUCUCUAACUUAAGUUUGCUUCAACCAAAUGUUAUGAAACUUUACACAUUGCUUAUUACCACAAAACUCAGAUCAAGUUCAAAUUUUGGUGGUGUCACAGUGAAUUAUGUCACUUUAUAAAGUUAUAUGCAACCAGGGGCAUCAUCUAUGUCCCAUGGACGCAUUCUCCAUUUAUUUUUACAUAAAUGAUAAAAUCAGGUAGUUUUUCUCGUUUUUUGUUUUACAUUUGUAUGUCAUGGCCUUAUAUAGCUUGCUAUGUGGUAUGAGUUUUGUUCAUUGUUGGGGGCUGUACUGUGACACAUAGUUGAUAACUUGUAUGUCAUGUUGUCUCUGAUGGAAAGUUGUCUCAUUGGCAAUAAUACCACAUCUUCUUAUUUUUAUAUGGAAGUAGAUAUCGUCAGGUCACAAUGCUGACUUCAUAAUUAGCAAUUAUUCUUACCAUAUGGAAAGCUAUAAGGGCCACCUCCUUGCCAAAGUUCAAUAAAAAAUUAGAAUAGAGCUAAAGGCCUUACUUAUAAAAGCAGGGAGAAUACAAUAAGCAACAUGGUUCAGGAUUUGGACAAACAUAUAAAUUAUGUUGCAAGGUUAAACAUAUGUUAUUAAUGCUCAGCUCAACCCUUCCGGGCCAGUGGCAGAAAAGCAAAACCAUGAGUAGUUAACUAAAACAUGAUAUGUCUCCCCUUUAUGGCAAAUAUGAAAAUAUAUGGUAAAUUAGUGGGAAUCUUGACUUCUUUUUAUACGAGCAGUUGUAUAUUGGUAUGACGUUGGCGUUGUCGUCGUUGUCGUCCGGCGUUGUCGUCGUCAGGCGUCCUCAUCGUCAGGCGUCCUCGUCGUCAGGCGUCCUCGUCAUCAGGCGUCGUCGUAGUCUGAAGACACAUUGGUUUUCGCACAAUAACUAUGGAUCUCUAUGAAAUUUUACCAUAAGGUUCAAUACCACAUAAGGAAGGUUGGGAUUGAUUUUGGGGGUUAUGGUACCAACAGUUAAGGAAUUAGGGGACAAAAAGGGGACAAAAAUAAGCAUUUUCAUUUCAGAUUUCAGAAAUUAAAAAGAAAAUUUCUUCAAAUAUUAUUUCUUUUUGCCAAAAAAGGGGGAGUGGGGGUUAAAAUUUUUUUAUU